GAUUGACCCAAAAAUCACCAGUUCAGAGUGAUAUUGGUGUAUGGCUGUCGGUGUGAUUCUUAUUUGAGUAACUCAGUAACUAAGUGUACAUUUCAGUGUCUGUAUGUUCCAUUGUGAACAGUUUCUGUAUUCUGGUAGAUUGUCUCUUAGAGACGCUUAGACUUACUUUUCUUUUUCCCCAUUCUCUGCCUUCAUACUUAACAUCUGUUUUUAUAUUAAUCAUUUCUCCCAUGCCAGCUGACUCUCUUCCAAUGACAAACAGAAAACAGACUGUCAACUUUCACGAUUAGUCUGUUAACAUCACCAGAGAUGAGGAUGUUUUGCCCAAGUAAUUAGUUUAGAGGUCAUGUCACUAGGCUACUGUUGAAGAGUUUUUUGAAUACUAAGAUCUUAUUCCCCUACUUUUCUUCUUUCACUUCCUCCUCUGGUCUCUCUCUUGCUUUCUCUCACCCCUCUUGUCCUUCCCUGAAGCUAUGGAUAGCAGAAUUGCGUCACGGUUGAAGCUUGUCUCAGACAGCUCUGAGAAGUGGUCCACUUGAUUAAACGAGAGUGGUCGACAGAAACAUUGUAGGAUUGAAACAAGAGACGGAAAAGGUGUGCCACCAUCCACAUUGCCAGGAACUCAAUAAGGAGUCCCCACUAUUGCUUUGCUCCUUGUGUGAUGUCCAUUGCCAUCUCAAUCCAGUAGACAGUAUGCACUUUGACAGGCACCCACAUUUUAACCCAAAUCUACAAGGGUCUAUUCUGUCACGAAACGUGUCCACCCGCUCUUGUCCCCCGCGCACCAGUCCUCCAUCUGACCUGGAAGAAGAGGACGAGGCAAGCAGCGAACAAGGGGAGCAUAAAAUAAGAGGAGCCAAAGUGGUGAAGAGGAAACCAAGGCGACGACAUACAGAUGACCCCAGUAAAGAAUGUUUCAGUCUGAAGUUUGACCUCAGUGUGGACAUUGACACUGAAAUUGUGCCAGCGGUGAAGAAGAAGACCUUGAGAGAAGUUCUUGGGCCUAUAUUUGAGAGGAAGGGCGUUGAACUGUCUUGUGUGGACUUAUUCCUGGAUCAGUCGAACACACCACUUUGCUUACAUUUUGAGGCGUAUCGUUUUGGGGGUCACUAUCUCAAGGUUAAAGCACGUCCUGGAGAUGAACUAAAGGUGGAGCAGUGUGUUAAGGACCUGCGCUCGCUAAGCCUACCCAACAUGAAGCAAUGCGGAGGGCAGAGUAGCUACAUCCUAACCCCACCCCCUGAUCGCCCAGAGCAUGGCUCCCUAGGACGCCGCGACAGCAGUGUGGACCUGCUGGGUCAGGCUCGCCGCAGGAAGAACAUGACAGAGUUUCUUGGCGAUGCUAACAUCCCACCCCCAGACACAUUGGCCCAGCUGGGUGGCUCUCUGCCUCCUGCCAUCAUUCCAGGGCCUGAGAGCUGGAAGAACCGCGCUGCCAGCCGAUUCAGUGGCUUCUUUGGUGCCAGCAAUAUAACCUUUGGCAAGGAGGUGGACCGUGUGGAACAGCUCCAGCACAAACUCCACUCAUACUCGCACUAUGGGCUACCAAAGGUCCCCCCUCAGCUUGCCUUCCACCAGGACUCAUGGGAGGGGGAGGAGGACAGCAAUCUGAACAUGGAGGAAAGCUGGCAAGAGCUACUAGACCAACCAGAGGCGCUGAGCAGGCGGGAGUUCCACCAACAAGAGGCCAUCUGGGAGCUGCUACACACAGAGGUCACCUACAUCAAAAAACUCAGAGUCAUCACAGAUUUGUUCUUGUGUGGGCUACUGAACCUGCAGGACAGCGGGCUCCUGGGUGAAGUGGAGCCAGUGCAUCUCUUCAGUAAUGUGCAGGACCUAGUGCGGGUGCACACAACGCUCUGGACCCAGGUCAUGCAGCCAGCACUUGACAAAGCCAGACAUCUCCGAACCCCACUCAACCCAAUAGACCUGCAGACAGGCUUCAGAACAUUUGCCUCUAGGUUCCAGCCUUACAUCCGCUACUGUAUGGAGGAGGAGGCGUGUAUGGAGAACAUACGCACCUUACUCAGAGACAAUGAGCUGUUUAGGAUUUAUGUAACAUGGGCUGAAACGCACAAGCAGUGCAACCGUCUGAAGCUUGUUGACAUGCUGGUGAAGCCUCAUCAGAGACUCACCAAGUACCCUCUUCUGCUCAAGAGCAUUCUGAAGAAGACCGACGACCCGGCUGCACGAGACGGCCUCAACAGGAUGGUGGUGUGUGUGGAGGGCUUCAUUAACAGUGUGGAUGCUCAGAUGCAUCAGCGUCAGGAGCAGCAGAAGUUGGCUGCUAUCUCUGCUCGGAUGGAGGCCUACGAAACAACAGAGGGCAACAGUGAAGAGGUGGAGCGGAUACUGCGGGAGUUCAGUCGCCUUGACCUGAUGGCCCCAAUGAUGGACACCUCCCUAGAGGAGACUCGGCAGCUGCACCUGGAGGGGACACUGCGCAUGAAGGAGGGAAAGGACAGCAAGAUGGAGGUGUACUGUUUUCUAUUCACGGACCUGUUGCUGAUCACUAAGCCUGUGAAACGUGUGGAGAAAGUAAAGGUUAUCAGGCAGCCCCUUCUCAUACACAAUGUUGUGUGCAGAGAGCUCAAAGAUCCUGGCACAUUUGUGCUCAUUUACCUCAACGACUUCAAAAUUGCUGUGGCUGCCUACUCCUUCCAGGCCAAUAGCGCCACCCAGGGGCGAAGCUGGAUAGAAGCUAUCUGUAAUGUACAGAACCAGUUGAAGCGGCUACGCAGAGAGGAGGCUCAGCGGAGACAUGCGUGCCUGCAACAGAAGCUGGAGGAAGAGGAGGAGGCAGAGGAAGACGAGAGCAGUAACUCUACAGCCAGCUCCCCUUCCCUUCAGCAGCGGCAGGCUCACCAGACCAGUGUAUCUGAAGGUUCUUCAGAAACUCUGCCGGUGAUGGAAGUGGAACCCAGUGGGGUUCUUGCAGGGUCAAGGGCUCCUGGAGUUAACAGGACUCCUCAAGCCCAGGGUCAGGAGUUUGUAUCCAGCGUGACAGAAGACGAUCGACAAACUGGUGUGGCAGAGAUCAACCCACAAAGUUGCUCCUUAUCCAUGGACAGUGCUUAUGGUACACUCUCUCCCCAGUCAAUGUUGGAGCUGCAGGGAUCAACCAAUAGGAAUGAGGGAGAGGAGAUGGACAGAGAUAGGGAGGAGGAGCAGGUGAUGCUGUGUGAGAUAGCUGAGCUGGAGGAAGAGCAAAAGGAGAGGAGGAACGAGGGCGAAACAGAGGGAGGAGAGGAAGUGUCAUGUGACUUGUGUGAGCACGUGGCUCAGACACAGAAGCCCAGGCGGAGGCCGCCGGUGCAAAUGCGCGUCCAGACGCUACAGGCGCUUGCUAACAAGUCCCGCUCUGAAGACAACCUCCUCCAGCGCCUGCACACUGACCCCUCCGCUGCUGCUGCCCCAUGUGCCGCCACCAACGCCUCAGCUAAGCAGUGGCAGGAUGCAGGGGGAAUAGGAGAGUGCAUGGCCUCAGGCAGGAUGGGCCACAGCAGAAGCCUGACGGAGCUCGGCCCCGGGGGAGAAGUGGAGACACAGACAGGUGAGCAGACACCGCCUGAGAUGUUUGAAGAUCAUCUGACCCGCAGCCUUCCAGCUGGGAGUCUUUCUCGUGCGUUGAGGACAGCUCAGGGCUUACGGCACAGGGGACAAGUAGACUUUCCCAGCACAGAGAUGGAGGCCAUGGGGCUCUCUGGAGGUCAGGGGAAGCACACAAAGGACCCUGCCUCAGUGGAAGAGGCAGCCAACAAAAAGUGCCCUGGUCAGCAGCAUAAGAAGCUCACGCUAGCCCAGCUUUACCGCAUACGCACCACUUUGGUGCUCAACUCCACACUCACUGCCUCGGAGGUGUAGCCACAGUGACAAGCACCCAGACGCCAUCUCUUGCACAUCGGAGUGUAAACUACUUCGUUCAAACUGAGUUCUGGGACUGCCUUGCUGUAAAAGCCUCAUUUCUCUGUAAAUGCUACCUUGUUUCGUUAGCACACUUUAAGGUAUUUCUUGUCUUUCUGCAUAGGCAGAGUAGCACAGGCUCAUAUUUUGCACUUUGAAACACAAGUAGCGUUGAAGAGAGAGUUGUAUGAGUUACUGUAUGAGGUAAAGCAAGCCUUGGUAUUACAAUAAGAGGAACCUUUUGAGGAGGAAGUAAACCAUGGACUUCUGGUAGGACAUGAGUCUUGCUGUUGGCAUACAAGCAAAAGAGAAGAGGGCCACGAGGAGGAGAGUGGACCUGCAGGACUCUGGCGCCAUCCAGUGGUCAAGGCGUGAGCUUGAACUACAUUGAGAGUUGUAGCUGAAGAAGUCCUUUGGUUUGUGGGGAAUGUGCCUUGAUUUGAAAAUUCAAAAAACAAUGUAGUGUUCUGUAUUUGAGCAGUUGUUGGUUACGCCAGUGUGGCAAUAUGCCACUGCCAUGGUCGAUAUUUGAUACAUCAUUUAUCCCAUAGUAUAACACAUUUACUAGAAAUGAACAUUAUUUAUGUGACUAUGAAAACCAUUUUGACUAUCCUUUUAUAGUUGAAAAGCAGACAUAUACAGUAGGUAGCUGGUUCAAUUUUACCCCAUGCUUCUUAUACUUUUUCCUUCAACAUUCUGUAUCAAACAUAGUACAUUCCCUCUACAUUCUAUAUUAAAUUUGGUUGUGGCCUAGUCAGGCUUCUGGGUUUCCAAGUGAAACGCUGGAAGGUUGUGAGUCCCAGGAGCUGCCUCUGUGGCCCUGGCCAAGACACUUAACACUGAGUUGCUUCAAAGGACUGUCCCUGUUGUUAAUUCACUGUAAGUUGCAUUGCAAAAGCGUCCGCUAAAUUACAAACAACAAUACUUUACUAUGUUAAAACUUGUCAACAAGUGGAUUAAUUGUACUACUACAGGGCACAAUGCGUUACAAAUCAGGAAAUUAAUAUGUACCAUAAUAUAAAUGUGAAAGGGUCUCUCUCUCUCUCUCUCUCUAUCUCUCUCUCUCUCUCUGUGUGUGUGUGUGUGUGUGUGUGCGUGCGUGCGUGUGUGUGUGUGUGCGCAGGCGCGCACAUUAAGAAGUUGGAUGGACUUAGGCUAAUCCAAGCCAAAAUAAUUACUUGACUUCAGCCAAAAAUGAAUUUACCAGCUGCUGGAUUUGUAAACAGCUGAGAGCCGGUUCCAGACCGGAGUACAGCAGAUGGCUAUAGAAUAGGAUGUGUGCACCUUCACUUGGAUAAAGAAUUUGAGAGAACUGAACUAUUACAUGAAAGUGGAAUUGUGUUGUUAUACCGGCAUGCAGAAUAACUUUUUAAAAAAAGUUAUUGCUAUCUGAAAUAGAGCAACUACAACCUCACUGUACACACAAAUGUACACACAUUGAUGAUAUAACUGAGGGAUCUAUUGGCGUAUUAUGAUUUUGUAUAAUGGUUCAGAGUGAGCGAGUUAUACUAUACCUAUACUGUUGGUGCCUCAGGAUCAAAUAUGAUGAUCUACCUGUUUUCUAACUCUUCACAACACGAACCAUGCAGCUGGAUAUUAACUGUGGUCCCCAACGACAUCCACACGCUUUGCUAAAAGAACUUAGAACUUAUACUUCCCAUUUCCAUUCUAUCAUCCAUUGUUUUAUUUUUUUAUACUUUUUACUUUUCUGUUAUAUAUUUAUUAAGGCUUUGCUGUUUAUACAUAUGAAAGAGACAUUUUUAGUUUAUUUAAUGUGUUUUGUAUAUUUAGUUUAAUCAUGUCUUCAGUUACUGCUAAAAGGCAAUUAGCAAUUACAUUCUCUGAACAAUGUUGGACUGUUGCGUUUGAAAAAAAUGAAAAGAAAAAAAUUGAACCGCGAAAGUCUUUACUUAUUACUUGUUAUAAAAAAUGUAUUACAGCAUAAAGGUAGCUGUCUCUACAGUAUAAAGACAGAUUGUAAUAAAUAAAGAUGUUUUGGA